AAGCUAGGGCUUUUCAGUAACCCGUACAGUUGUACCGUUCCCAUUCCUCCGGUCCACUUCGAAUCCAUUCAAUUUAAACCACCGUACUCCUCCGCCGUAGCGACUUCCAUCGCCACCGCUGGCCAGCAGCUCCAUCUCUAUCCCGUCUCUUAACCUGAAUCGGAGCUGAUGGUAAGGACUGUGAAGAAUCAUCAUCAUCAAGAAGAAGAAGAGGAUGACGAAGAUUUCAUUUCUAGAACCACUGAUGGUUCCUCACAGAAAGAUGGAAGGAGGAAUGAUCAGAAGGCGAGCUCUCAUCGUUCUAAGCAUUCUGAGACGGAGCAGCGUCGAAGGAGUAAAAUUAACGAGAGAUUUCAGAUUUUGAGAGACCUCAUUCCUCAAAAUGACCAGAAAAGAGACAGAGCUUCAUUCUUGUUGGAGGUCAUACAAUACAUCCAGUUUUUACAAGAAAAAUUGCAGGUGUAUGAAGGAGCAUAUCAAGGUUGGAGUCCAGAGCCCACAAAAUUGAUGCCAUGGAGAGGAAAUUGCGGUGCAGAUAACUUUGCUGAUCAAUCUCCACCCAUAAAAAAUGGUUCUGUUGAUGAGGGUAAUAUUGUUUUCGCCCCAGCACUGCUGACAAAUGUACAGAACUUGGUAGAAUCUGACUUGAAUGGCUCUGCUGGCUUCAAAGCAACAGAUCAUGGGGCUGCUCGAGCAGUUUCCAUGGAUGUACCAUUGCAGCAAAAUACAUUUGAGGCCGAGCCUACCCACACUUCUCAGGGAUCUUUUCCUGACGUUGAGCUCUUGGCUUCCCAAUCACGAACACAACCUUGGAAUGCCAGGCCUGUAUCAAGUGAGGGUGCUAUUCAAAGCUGCACCCCAAGUGAGAUGGAAGAAUUGAAGAUGCAAAGGGAAGAAGCUAGCAUCUCAAAUGCCUAUUCCAAGGGGCUUUUGAAUAAUCUAACCCAGGCACUGGGUUCUUCCGGAGUUGAUUUAUCACAAGCCUGUAUUUCUGUGCAAUUUGAUAUCAGAAAAAGGGCAAGCAGUGGAGCAACUUCAACAUCAUUCAGUGUCAAGGAUCAUGAUUUUCUAUCUCCUGGUAAUCAAGCAACGACACAUUGUGCGGUUAGGAAUGGAGAUGACGUCUGCAAUCAAGCACAUAAGAGGCCGAGGACCGAACAAAACCAGUAAUUACUCUUUCCCAUUCAUCAUUUCAUUGUUGUCAAGUUUUUUCAGUACGAAAUACGGUAUGUUGUUUCGUUUGUACAUGUUUAUGCACGUAGAAAAUGGCCAAAAUUGUUUCGGAAUGUAUUUAUGUUAUUUGUAGUCAUAGGAUUUCAUUGCAUAUUAGAGAUUUGAGACAACUUUUUGAUUCA